AUGGAGAACUUCAUCUCUGCGCAAGACAGACAAUGCCGCCUUGCAUUCGACAAAAUCUUAGAAAUCUCCCCAAAGAACCUGAAGAUUCAAGAUGACUAUGAUCGCUACAAAAUCUGGGCAGCAAAUACCGGUGCCAGCCACACUGGCCAGACAUACAAAAAGUCGCUGGACUAUCGACUUCGUGAGGCUCAGCAAUACCGCGACAAAGUUGUUGAUGUAUUGAAACAGCUGCACCAGUUUUUGGUAGAUGCAGAAUCCUAUGUGAGUGGCAAAGUCGAGGAUGACCUUUCUUCCAGCAGUGACGAAGCGAGUGGAGAUGACGGCCUGACAACACAUGAGAAUGUGAAAUGGACUUUAUCAGAUUCUGAGGAGGAUGGCGAUACGACUUCGGCAAAGGAUGGCGAUUGUUGUGACUCUGCCCUGCCUCAAGUGAUGGCCACUGGCUUAGAAUGGCUUGCUUCGGACUCGAGAUUGGAAUCGACCUUGGCGUCAAUCGAGAUGGCCAUCACGUAUCUGUACAGAAUUCCAGUCCGUGAGCCAGCAAAUUACAACCGUCUGAAGAGGUACGAAAGAACCGACGACGGCGAAUUCAAUAUGUACUCUUACUUCGACCAACGAUUUGUCCACGAUGCCUUCCCAAACGCCAAAGAUAGCAUUACUUCCCGGCUCGGCAAAUUGGUGACCAAUAGGCGUCGCAUCCUGCGCUAUCGUCAGUUGUACAACGAUGACCUACAGCGAGAAGCGGUCCAGUCUGGGGAGGCUAGCCAUCUCCAAAGACAGAUCCAUCAUGCUUCUGACUUAUCGCCCAAUGACCCGACUGUUCCUGAAAGUGACAACCAUACUCAAAAACAGCCUAGAAGUCUUCCGAAGUCGAGUUUGAAGGCAUCAACUUUCCGGCCGAUAGAUUCCAAGCCACUCGAUACCGACCAUCUCCUGUCGAGUGCCAUAUCGGAAGCGGACGAAGCAUCGUCUAUUGCACCAACUGUAGUAGAAGAGCAUUUAGUUCUUCCAGCAAGACCGAAAGACCGCCAAGGUCAAGAAUUGUCCGACUUUGUCUGCCCUUAUUGUGGAGUUUUCAAACACUUAAGGUCUGAUCGUGCAUGGAGAAAGCACCUCAUGCGAGAUCUUGCGCCAUAUGUGUGCACGUAUGAAAAAUGCACAGAGCCUGACCAGAUGUUUGACAAUCGGGAUGACUGGUUUAGUCACGAGUCUCAGCACUACUCGGCCUAUUUCUGUGGCAUACCAACUCACCCAAAUUAUAACAGUUUGGCCUCUUUCCGCGACCACAUGAGUUCAGUCCACUCUACGUCCUUCUCACACGAUGGAGACACAUCGAAGACGGAAAUCUUUCUUCGUCGGGUCCCACGCCUCGAUGAACAAUGCAAUCUCUGUGGCCGGCCAACAAAUCACCUAAAACAUCACAUAGGACGACAUCUAGAACGAAUCGCGCUAUUCGCCCUUCCAAGGAAUCACGCUCCAGAUGGCGCAGGAGCAGAACAGCUUGGAGAUUCCAGUGCAUCUGUUGGCAAUUUUCAAGGUUCGGAAAGACGGUCAUCCCAAACUGAUAGUCUAUUGCGAGUCAUUUCGGAAGCAAGCUCCGCGAAGGCACUAAAUUCCAAUUCCAGUAACUCAGAUCUGCGAGGUAUGACGACUACCCCUCUUGACGGUUUUAUGGACAACAUAGCCCUUCCUGAGGGCGUUGAAGGCAAACUCCCUAUGGCUUACUUAGAACGGAUGAUGGUACACAUACCAGGUGUUAUACCUGGUGGGGAUAUCGAGAAGCUCCCCAUCGAUGUCAACCGUACAGAACGCUUGAACACCACUGACGUAUACUAUGUCGUGUUCUUGGAGAUGAGAAGGGCGAGCACCUGGCCGAAACCAGACGCAGUAUUUGAUCUUAAGUACUUGCUGCACACCUACUAUCGGUUCACCACAAAAUCAAUCCAAAAUCGAAUUCCACUGUAUACCGAAGGUGAAAUGACCGGAGAGGCCGCCGUCAACCAUCAAGUGUCUUGCUUCAUUGACAUGGUCAAAACUACGCUUCAGUUUGAAAACGUCAAUGAUACAGUCCUUCAAUGGUUAGAGCAGCUAGCGGGAGUCUGGAAUCAAUAUCGACAUGACUCUUAUCAACUUGAAGUCGAGAAUGUUCCUGAAGUUGCUCAAGACGAGGACUGGAGUGCUAUCAAGCCGGAGCUCAGCCAAAAGCAACGAGAUCUUGUAAUAUAUGAUGUGCGUAAUCGAUCUGUGAAGGAUGCUCUGAUUAUAUUACCAACUGGAAGAGAGCUCAAGACCUACACAGUGGGGCUUACCGACUACCUGGCAAGGAUCGCGGGUAUUCUCGAUCCGCCGUCGGGUGUACCAGGUGUAUUGAUCUGGGGUCCUCCUGGCGUUGGAAAAACUCAUCUCGCCAUGGAGUACAUCCGGCAAUACAACUCCAAGUAUCCUGGUGGCAUAUUCUGGAUAGACUGUUCUACCGCUGAAACCACUGUCAACGGUUUUGACAGCAUCUUCAAAGCUACAGAUGUUGCCAACGUGCAAGAUUCUUCGCUCGCUCUCGAACGGCUUUUAAUGUGGUUUUCUCGGCGUGGAAAGUGGCUCGUGGUAUUUGAUAACAUGAAUCACUCUUUUAGCACUGGCACCGGUAGGCUUCACUAUUUUCGGCGCAUGAUCCUGCGUCAAGCUAUAGGAUGUACCAUGCUCACCACGCGGGACGAAAAUUUCUUCAAGAACAUAAUGACAGAGGAAUUUCGAAUCCCCAAAAUGCGUAUAGAUGGCAUGUCCAAGGAACAUAGCCUCCAACUCAUCUUCAGCGUACCAGGUGCUAAAAACCUUCCGACGCAAGAGCAGCGAGCAGGGGCAUUGACCAUCCAUGAGAGAACAGACGGUUUGCCACUUUUUCUGCAUCAUGUUAUAUCUGUACUGCAAAACAAAAAAAUGCCACUUGAUGCACCUGGACUUUGGCCAUGGCUAGGAGAUCGGCUCACUCCGUUAUUUCGAACCAUUUCACAGGGCCUUUCGGAAAAUUCCAUCUCUCUUCUUCGCGUCUGGUCCUACUGGCAUCCAGGAACGGCAAUGAGGGUUGUCAAGCUCUACAAUUUAUAUCUUAAAGAACUCAACUUCAAAAUUUCUCGAGACAGCAUUGAGCAGCUAUGCCGAAAUGGCCUUUUGAUGGCGUCAAGCUCGUUAGUCCACUUUGAUAGCACCAGAGCCCUCCAGAUGCCCAAAGGCAUUCAGCAAAUAGUUCUCGGUGUCACCAAGGAAGAGGAUGCACGUCGGGCCAUGUUGUCCCAACGCCCGUUGGAAAUUCCAUGGAUAAUUCGCUCUUCGCAGAUGGUGUCCCAGUUUUUCAGCUUUCCGGUAUCCCUGAGCACCGAGAUUACCCAAGACUUAGUCGCAUACGCGCACAACGCGAGAUCAUUACUUGAUCACUACCGCCAUCAUGCUAGCGCUAGGCCAGAUUUUGAUCGCGAAAUAAAACAGUUGGAGCGCAUGCUUCUUGAUGUGGAGUCUGAGCGCAAAUCCAGGGAAAGAGGACAGGAAGACGACCAUCGACUCGGGAUUGAUAUCCCCAGUAGUGUUUCGGGCGACAAAGACAGGAAGGUGGAGAUCCCGCAGGGCUCCUUGGUCAACUUUCAUCGCGACCCAGAUGAUCCCUUUGUCCAGCAAGGCGACCCGAUCCCUGAAUUGGCUCGUCGUUUUUCUGACGAUAUCGACGCUAAACAAUCCCCACUGGUUCGCCCUCGUCGCUACUCUCAUGACCUUAGCUCGCACCAGCGUGCUCCGGAUAACCAUCACACGCUGCUACAGGAGAUUCCUCUUCCCAUGCCCGUUCAACGGUUUGACCAGGAAGCUGCACAAAUCAGUGACACAGAUAGCUACAUCCAAGAAUAUAGCUACAUCGAAGAAAGUUCCCGCUCACCUAACCGAAGAUCAUCUGUUCUUAUGCCCGCUCAAUUUCAUGGCUGGGAAGCUGAAAAAACCAGCGACACAGAUAGUGAUAUUCAAGCAAGUCCCACCUCAUCCUACGAAAGGUCAUCUGCCCUCAAAGCGAUAUUCCAAGGAACGCAAAACAAGACCACAACGACGAGAUCACCUCCACGCAUGGCCCAGGUCACUGGCGAUGGAAGCUCGAAAAGGCCCCGUCAAAGGGAGAGCGCAGCUCGAUCGUCAAUACUUUCGUCAGAAGUCAGCCUCCCUACGGUUGCACUAGACAGAUCUGUCUCGAAUACUAUCGCGCAAGGGGAGAUCUUACGCUCUGAAAAUGAACCUGCUUUCACGGGCCCUGGAGUCGCGUAUUCGGCGUUGCGUCACACUCUCCGCACGCAGACUCAGCGCAAGGGGGAGCAACCAGCAAGGCGGGCAAGUUCGAGGGGCUCGGUGUCAUCCUAA